CAUUUGACCGAGACAAACUACAUUUUCUUAUGAAUGGAAAGUGAAAAAAUCAGUUGAACUUAAAUUGGGAUCCAUCCUUCACUCAGAUCAUAGAAGAAAACAAAAAACCAGGGGGAGAGAGAGAGAUUGCGCCAGAAGACAUGACCAUGUCUACAAUACCAGAGAGUCUAAACAGCCCCGUCUCAGGAAAGAACGUGUUCAUGGAAUUUGGGCCACCGAGUCAGCAAAUGUCUCCUUCGUCUAUGACCCACGGACAUUAUUCAAUGCACUGUUUACACUCCUCCGGACACCCGCAGCACGAUAGCGCAUACAGCCCAGCUCCGUCCUUCCCCAGAUCCCUGCCUUAUCCAUAUGUCAACUCGGUCGGUAGCCAUUCCUCCAGUCCUUACAUCAGCACCGUGCAGACUUACCCAAACAACUCGGCUCUGGCGCAGACGAGAUUGGAGGACCCAGCACCAGAGUCAGAGAAAAACACUGUGGUUGAAGGCGGAGAGGUUCGUUUCAACGGGAAAGGCAAAAAGAUCCGCAAACCUCGGACCAUCUACUCCAGUCUCCAGCUGCAGUCUCUGAACAGGAGGUUCCAGCAAACUCAGUAUCUGGCUCUGCCCGAGAGAGCCGAGCUCGCCGCAUCACUGGGGCUCACACAAACACAGGUAAAGAUCUGGUUUCAGAAUAAACGCUCCAAGUUUAAGAAAUUGAUGAAGCAAGGCGGAGGAACAAUAGACACAAACGCCUUGGCAAACGGCCGCGGACUGUCUACCGGAUCUCCAUCCGUAGCGCCCGUCUGGAACUCCACAGCCACUGUCAAAACAUCCACUCCGACCUCUUAUAUUCCCAGUUACACCUCAUGGUAUCCGACAACACACCAGGACACUAUGCAGCAGCCACAACUCAUGUGAAACAGGACUGUUGAAUCAACCCCACCCUCUAUCCACCAAUGGCCCAAUUCAGGGACCCGACACAUGCCAGUCACUGUGCGGCCUUAAUUACCCUGGCCCUCCGCAGCCCAGACCAGAUGUACAUCUCAAAAGUGGCCUGCAUGUGAGGACUGAAUAAGGGUCUUCUGCACCGGAGAGGAAACAUGGCUUUUUUAUUUAAAGGGAUUGCCGGGAAAGUCACAUCAAAGCUGCUACUCUCCCCUUUCCCCAACAUUUUGUUUUGUAAAAAUAGACGAAAUUGUAAGAAUUUUAUUUAAAGCUUUUUGUUCUUCACAUUUGUAAUUUUACAUAGGAAAAUUGGAAUUUCCGGUCUGCCCCGAGCACAAUAGUGCUGGCUCUUCUUACGGGCUAUGAGAGCAUCAUGAACAUCGCUCCAAACUGCAUAUGUUCAAAAAGCUUUGGCGUCAUAUUGGGCGCAUAUUUUCGCUACAGGCUUCGCCAUGGCGUGGUGAAUGUGUAAUAACUGUGAAAAAUCACACCCUGAACAAGGAUGAACGUUUCAUGAGUUUCCCCAUUUUAAAGGGAACAAAGAAAUCUUUAAACAAAGUUAUUUUGGAUGUAUGGCUCAUUGUGUCUAUUUAAAUAUAACUUAUUAAAAUGUUUUUUUUUUUUUUUUUGUAUGUUUGUAUGAUUAUUUAAAUUAAAUUUUCUUUAAAUUAUGAUGCUGCACUAUAAAGUAGAAACACUUUCCCCUGGUUUGAACCCAAUUUGUAAUCCCGAGUGUUUUUGGACCGUACAAAGAGGAGCAUAGUGCAGAUAAACGCAUCUAUUAUCACCGUUAGAUGGGAAGUGUUGACGGCUCUAAUGUACAGGAAUAGUAUUUUUCGUUGUGUGCUAAAUAAUUUGUGCAAAGGGACAUAAUAUAGUUUAACAUGCUUGUGUUUAUUAAAAUUCAUGUGUUUUUUUUUUUUUUGUUUGUUUUUUGUUUUCCGUUUCACUUUGAAAAAUAGUUUUAUAGC